GUAGAGGAGAGAGAGACAGUGGUCGUACGCCCCGUGCUGCUCCCCCUAGCUCCUCUCUCCAACUUCCAGUCUUCCUCAUCCCAUCCCCCUAACAGCCUCCCCUCACCAGCGAAUCUCCCAAACCCCGGCUCCCACGAUUCCGAAUCCCGCGCCCCGGCCCCGGAGAGAUCAGAUGCCGGCAGGCCGCUGCUGACCGAGCGGAGCGGAAGCGGAGGCGAUGCGGGCGAGCCGGCCGGCGGUGCACCCGGUGGAGGCGCCGCCGCCGCCGCCGGCCGCGGCGGCGCAGGCGCAGGCACAGGGUCAAGGGGAGGGGGAGGGCGUCGCGCACCCGCGCGGGGUGCGGAUGAAGGAUCCGCCGGGGGCGCCGGGAACGCCCGCGGGGCUGGGUCUACGCCUCGCGCAGGCCUUCUUCGCCGCCGCCGCGCUUGCCGUCAUGGCGUCUACCAACGACUUCCCGUCCGUCUCCGCCUUCAGCUACCUUGUCGCAGCAGCCAUUUUGCAGUGCUUGUGGAGCCUUUCGUUAGCAUUUGUCGACAUUUAUGCACUUCUUGUCAAGCGAUCUUUAAGGAAUGCCCGAGCUGUAUGUAUAUUUACUAUCGGAGAUGGGAUCACAGGUACACUAACCUUGGGUGCGGCAUGUGCAUCAGCAGGAAUCACUGUUCUCAUUGGUAAUGAUCUCAACAUAUGUGCUGAGAAUCACUGUGCAAGUUUUGAGACUGCCACAGCAAUGGCUUUCAUAAGCUGGUUUGCACUUGCGCCAUCCUGUAUCUUGAAUUUCUGGUCGAUGGCCUCCAGAUGAGAAAUAUAGGAGGUUAAAACAUAAUUUUGGGUGGUCGCUGCACCAGAUCGUGUCUUGUGACAGCUACAAUGCUGUGGUGGUACAGCUAAUUGUAAUACAACCAGAAAUUGAUGAAUGGAUGUGGAAUGUAGCCUGUGGUCGAAUUGUCUGUACAAAAUAGGGAGUGCCUUUUUUCAGAUUGAAAAGGGUUGUUCUGAAGCUCUUCAGUUCUUCCUUUUACGUUAACAUGUUCCUCCUGUGAGGCUUGUUGUAUUGUAAGCUGGCAUGAUGCAUAUAUGGCUUGAGAUGAUGGUUUCCAUGAUGCUUAUUGUAAGCUAGCAUCAUGCAUA